UUGGUUCGUUCCACGACGACAUCGACGAUGUUGGAAAGUAUUCCAACAGAUAUCGCCCUCGAAAUUACAAGGCAUUUGGGGCUCCGAGAUGCCGUAUCUAUGACUAUGACUUGUACUCCUCUCCGUAGUCUGACAUGCCAACGCAAUUUCUGGAUACUCAUCCUCAGCGCUGCCCGAAUCUUGGCUCCGCUUGAUUGUCCCCCACUAUCAGACCUCGCCACAUUCACUCUCGCCGAAUUAAAGUCACUUGCGUUGUCCAAACUCAAGCUUGAAGCAAAUUGGUCGACAGAACAGCCCCAGCUCAGCCUCACUCGGCCCCUGAAAACUGGUGAUCUUCUUGAGUCCUCAAGGAUACUAUGCGGCGUGCAAGGCACGGAUAUACUGCUCCUUUAUGGCAUGUUUUCAGACAUAUUGUACUGCUGGGACAAGCGCGAGGCAUGCUUUUUUGCGGAGGUGGGCCCAAUCAGCUUGGGCGGGGAAAUUAAAUCGAUCGUGGUACCCAAUUAUUCCGAUGGUGUCUCCUGCGACUCUUUCAUCUUCAUUACUCGCGACCGAGAGGGACCCCGCACUCACUCGCAGUCCAUCAUAACCAUACGCCACAAAGACGGCAAGGCGCUCAUGCUGGAACACAAGUCUACCGAAAUCAGCGACGACGGUUUUAUCGGGGAUCCCACAGGCCUGUUUCCUGUCUCAAACGCGACGACGUGCUGCAUAUUUGAAGAUGCAUUUGACACUGAAGCAAGCUGGCUUUCCGUUGCCGAGCGCGAAGGGAAUCCAUCAUCCUCCUCUAUUAGAUACAGACAGGUGGCACAGCUCUACGACGUGGAUGGCAGCGCCGGCGAACCGCAUGCACGGUCUUUCAGCUACCAUGGCCAUGGCUUUAUCCUUCUUCUAUGUGGAGUUAUGUCUCUCGAAAUACUCCAUCUACCACGGACCACCUUAAAACGCGGAAAACACAAAUGGUUGCGAUACUACAAGCUCGACGACUUCCAAAUCCCCAUUACUGUCCCCUCGACCUCUUGCUGGUGUCUUCCUAGCUCUCCUCGAUAUGGUAUUUCUGGGGUGUACAUUCGAGGAACCAAAGCGGCCGUCUCCGUCCUCUUUGUGCCUUGCCUGCCGGUACAAGACGACACCGCAGAAGACAGUCUUGCUCCCCCCCUCGACUUCUCCUCGACUCAUUUGACACACAUCGCAAUUCCUGUUGAUACCUCAGUGGACAACGAAUUGCCGGGUCCAUUCUGUGUCGACCACAGUGGCCGCAAUGUACUGGGCGUAAUACAGCAAGACAACAGUCAUAAAUUGAUGCUGGCUCGGUACCACCCACCUGAAAAACCUGACUCCCCUGGAUCAGUCACGGUACAUUGGCCGCAGAGUCCCGAGAAGCUGGACUUGCAGGGGGUCCACUCUUGCUACGUCGACGAUGCGUCGGGGACUGUUCAUCUCAUUGACCGGAUCGAAGUAUUUCACACACUGAGCUACGUUUAA